AUGGUCGGACUAAGUAUUAAUGAUGCUAUCUUAGCUUUUGCUUUGAUAUAUUCCAGCAUUGAUAUUUUUACCCAAUGGAAUAGCUUUGCAAGCUGUUGUCAUCCUAUCCAACUUUGGCUUGUAAUUAGCUAUGCCACAAUUAUCUUGUUUAGAAUUAUAUACUAUAUUUCUCAGUAUAUAUCUGAAGAUAGUGAAGAUUUUCUUCCCAGUACAAGUACUUCAGGUGUACCAUUUUGGCUUAACUUGAGUAUACUUUGUAUUAUUUUCCCCUUUUUUGUAUCAUGGACAAUUGUUGGGACAAUUUGGUUUAAAAAUAUUGAGUUGAAAACUCCCCAAUGUUUACCUCGAAAUGGUGCAAAUCAUCCCUGGUUUCUUAUUUUCUGGCUAAUUCUAUGUUAUGUAUGGAUUGCAAUGUAUUCAGCAUUUAUAGGGAUCUCCGUAUUCUUCGAAUUUAGAAUACGAAGAGCGGAAGAAGACCUUCAACUAUUAGAAAAUGAAGAAAUUGUACGUAGAUGGGGAAGAUUGCGUCUUUUAGCAGACUAUGGUAUUCACUUUAUUAGGCAUGGACUAUCUCCUGUUGAGGUUUCGGCAUUACCAGUAAGAAAAGUUAAAAGUAAUGAAUGUAUUGGUCCUUGUUCUAUAUGUAUUGAAGACUUCAAAGCUGGUGAUGCAAUAAGAACUCUCCCAGCUUGUGGCCAUUCAUUUCACAAAAGUUGUAUUGAUACUUGGCUAUUGAGAAAUGCAAUUUGUCCAAAUUGUAAAACUCUAGUUAGGUAUGGAAAGACUGAAACUGGAACUACUCCAACUAGAUUCUCUGCAGAUUCAGAUACAUCAAUGAACCAAGAUACAAUCUCCACUACUGAUUUCAAUGGAGAAGAUCCGAUUGAUGAUAUGAAUGUAUAA